ACGAGAGGAGGACUACUUAUAUCCAUCGUUCCAAGCUUUUAAAGAAGCAAAAUUUUCUAUGUUUUGUUCUAAGUCGUAACACACAAAUACACUACAUCGAUACGUCAUAGUAAUUAGCAACUAUGGAACGACGUGGUUCUGGUCAUCUUCGCAUCAAUUCUUAUUUUUGUCCCUCUUCUUCGACGAUACCGUUUUGGCGUACUUUCUUUCUCGUGCUGUUAUUUACGACAACUACAAAUGCUUUAGUGAAAAUCCCAAAAAACACGACCGUCCCGGCAGUAAUAGUGUUUGGAGAUUCAAUUGUCGAUGCCGGAAAUAACGACGACAUGAUAACAGAAGCUAGAUGCGAUUAUGCUCCCUACGGCAUUGAUUUUGACGGUGGAGUUGCUACCGGAAGAUUCUCCAAUGGCAAAGUCCCCGGUGAUAUCGUAGCGGAAGAGCUAGGGAUUAAACCCAAUAUACCGGCAUACCGAGAUCCGAAUUUAAAACCAGAAGAUCUCUUGACCGGUGUAACAUUUGCUUCUGGUGGGGCUGGUUAUGUUCCUUUGACAACCAAAAUAGCGGGAGGAAUACCUUUACCACAACAAUUGAAAUAUUUUGAAGAAUAUAUAAAGAAAUUGAAAGGAAUGGUUGGAGAAGAAAGGACAAAGUUCAUAAUCAAGAAUAGCUUGUUCGUUGUUAUAUGUGGUAGUAACGAUAUCGUCAAUAACUUCUUUGCUCUCCCUCCGGUUCAGCUCCACUACACCGUCGCUUCUUUCACCGCUCUUAUGGCAGACAAUGCUCGCUCUUUUGCUCAGACGCUCUAUGGAUAUGGAGCAAGAAGAAUACUUGUAUUUGGUGCACCACCAAUAGGAUGUGUUCCUUCGCAGAGAACCGUAGCAGGAGGACCUACAAGAGAUUGUGUUGCUAGGUUUAAUGAUGCAUCAAAACUUUUCAAUACUAAACUCUCUGCAAAUAUUGAUGUCUUGUCAAGGACUCUACGAGACCCAACAAUAAUCUAUAUUGACAUCUAUAGUCCUCUUCUUGAUCUCAUUUUAAACCCUCAUCAAUAUGGAUUUAAGGUGGCCAAUAAAGGAUGUUGCGGAACCGGAUUAAUAGAAGUUACUGCGCUAUGCAACAACUAUACAGCUUCUGUGUGUCCCAUAAGAUCUGAUUAUGUGUUUUGGGACAGUUUUCAUCCUACUGAAAAAGCUUACAGAAUUAUAGUUGCAAAGCUUUUCGAUAGAUAUCUCAACAGGUUCUUCUAAUCGAUAUAGCUCAUAUUUCUUAUAGCAUGUUCCAUACACUUUUAAAUAAUCAUUAUUCCAAUUCAAAGAGAGAAUUACACUUGUGUCAAUUUUCUCUUUCUCAAGGCUUGUAAUUUUCUCUUAUGAUAUUUGAUGGUCACAUACAUAUA